AUGGGCGCCCAGGCCAGCACAUUAGCCAACUUUUCGCGCGCCCUCAUCACGGCAGGCAUGCACGGGCGUCCCACACGAGUCGCCAACACCCCUGCCGACCAACCUGGCCUUUGCUCUCGCCUCGGCGCCCCAAUUGGCCGCGCUACCUGCACUGGCCAGGCCGCUGACUGGUGUGCGGAAAUAGAUCAAUGUGAGACCACUAGUCUCCUGUUUCACACGCCCUCCGACACCUAA